UUCGAGUAUCUUUUAAUUUACACUGAGAAAUUGCUUUGUUAUUAAAAAUAAAGAAAAAUGCAGGCUGUAAAAGAUAAGCUCCAAGACAUGAAUGCCAUGCGCAAGGCCAAAGCAGAAGCAAAGGCCGAGGAAAAGGCGGAGAAGGAAAUUAUGCAAGCCAGAAAGGACAUAGCUAAGGAGGUUAGAUUGGCAAAAGAAGCUGAAGCCGCUAUGGACUUACAUGUGACAAAAGCAGGAGAAAGAGCUGAGAAAGAAAUAGAAAAGCAUGCACCCAUUGAUCGAAAUGCAAAUUCAGCAGAUCAAGCUGAUUCAAUGCAACCUCCAUCAGAUAAUCCCACAUACACAGCUAUGUGAUUAAACACAUGCCUCAAAUAUGCAUGGAGUGGAUCAUUAAUAUAUAGAAAGAUUUUGCAAUCAAGGAAAUAGAUAUUAUGAAAUUGGUUAAUGUUAUUUAUGGAGGAAUUGUUUAGCUACCUAAAUAAUGCUUAUUAUGUAUUCAUUUAAGCUUUUUAUGUAAUAAUGUAACAAAGUUAAUUCUUUUAGCAUGUGUAAUGUAAGUGUAUAUCGUUAACUUUUUAAAUAAAUUAUGUGACAAAAAAUU